AUGUUUCGGAUAUAUGCCUGGAUUGCUUUAUUCGGCUAUCUGAUCACAAAUGGAGACUGUCAACAAAUAGCACAACCACAACGGUCGAAGCGAUUGACAGCGCCCACUUUGUUUGGUUCAGAUAUUCCUGAUCUAUCGGAUGAUGGUUGGAUAGAAAUUGAUGACCAAGGUUUUCCGAUUGGUUCGAGGUCGUCACAACUAAAUGCGCAAGCUGACCGUGCUGUUCCCGGUUUUAUUCGGGCCUUGACAUCGGGGAAGCUGGAACGGAACCCGCCCUAUCAGAUGCUUCAGUCAAGUGAUGGCACAGUGGUGUAUCUGGUACCCGGUNUUCCUACCGAACAGGAUAUUACAGUGAACGAAAUUUUUCGACUAGUUGAUCGAGCAAAACGCAACAGAAACGGCCCUGAAUUUCAACCUAGAGGACCGUUGGGUCCAAGAAUGCCUUUCAAUCAAUUAGCCCCUCCUAUCUCACCAAUGCCAUUUGCUCGUCCGCCGAUGCCGAUGCCGCCAGGAACACCACAAAUUGCUCCCCCAUUCGCACGGUUCCCUCUGCCUUUCACACCUCCUAGGUUUCCGGGAGUGCCAGGUCCGUUAUUUGUCCCACCCGGGGGGAUUUUCGGACCUCCAAACGGGAUAUUCGGUGCCCCAGGUGCAAUGUUCGGACCACAAAAGCCCUUCGGCCAGGGACCCCAGUUUGGCACUCCACCGUUUGGGGUGGGAAAUGCACCACCACCACCACCACCAUCACCACCACGUUCUCCAAACAUAGGACCUCCUGGGAACAAUGAUCGAUUUAAUUCCGGUGGCCGGCAGCUAACAAACAGAACGAGCACCUCAUCCAAAUCUGGCUGGCCACAGCAGUUCCAUCGUACUCGGCCCUCCAUGGUCUCGGGAGUAGUCUACGCCAAACAGACACGCAGUCCACGUUUGGGCAUGCGGCCAGUGGUUACAGGUGUUGGGGGACGGUCGAUGCCGAAAUAUCCACCAUUCAAGCGAGGAAUCGCUCGAAGGUAA